AUGGCAACUUGUACCGCAGCCGACACCACCGCCGCCGCAGCAGCCACCACUGGCAUAUGCAUCGUCAUGAGCGCCGCUGGUAGCUACAAGGGUACUGGUGACGCAGACGGGAACGAGGAUGGCGCUUACGGCAGUAGUCAAGGAGCAGUAGCUCGAGGUCGCUUCAAGCGCCCCGUCUCCGCCGACCGACUUCUCAUCGGCUGCCACUACCGGCGGCCCCUCAGACUGGGAGGCAGCAUCGCCCUGGCUGCCGUACUGUCCUGGGUGUCAAGGCUGCUGGCGCGCGGCGGCGGCGCGGGUGGUGUGGAGCUGGUGCUUACGGGGAACGACCCACGGGUCCGUGCACCCCUGGCGGCUGCCGCCCACGUGAUGCACGUGUCCCGACUCGGCGAGCAGCCCCCGCCGCUGGCAGCUUGCGAGGACACCCGGCUGAUGGGGCUCCCGCUGAUGAAUCCCGUUGGGGGCCAGCCCUGGUCCGCCGUACAGCGGCGGCAGUACUUUCGUCGUACGGCCCACCGGGCAGCCCACGUGUUCGAUACGGAGCACGUGUGGACGUUCCACACCUGGGACCAGGCGCUCGGGUACGGCGACUGCAGGCUCCACACGGGUCUGGGAACUUCCGUGGAUUUGGUGCCGUACCUUGGCGACCUGCCCCUCCAACUCCUGGUUGAGGAAUCCCUCAACGGCCAGCACCAGCAGGCCAUCCAGGCGGUAGCGCUGCCGCCGCCGCCAUCACCGCCGCCGCCGCCACCUCUUUGA